AUGGCGGCUCCAAUUAAGCUUGGAACACUCAAGGAGUGUCUCCAGUUCCUGCAGUGGUUGAAUAAAAAUACUGAUAUGCAGGAUAAGGUGGCCAGUGAGCUGGAAAAACUUCUUAAAGGCAAAUAUAAAACUGUUAGUCAAUCGCAUAUUGCAAACGCACUCUCCACCUUCCUUGGCAACGUGUCCAAGUUUCAUACGAAAUUGUGCAAGAAUGCUAAUGCCGUUAAUAAUGGCAAACAAGAUCCUACCGCCGUACUAAAUGCUCUUUUAGAAUGCAUUCCCAAGUUCCUAGCCGUGAUGUACUUUCUGCGCUACCAGGUGGACGAUAAGUUCAGUGCAGUGGGUGGAGGGGGGUGGCAGAAUUACCGGCCUGGUGGAGGUAUACUACGUGGCGGUGACUUAGAUAAAUAUCUCUAUGCGCAGCCGCACCAAAAUAACUAUGGCGUAAUCCCUGGAGGAUUCGGUAGACAAGAGUUGAAGCCUGGUUACCGCCAGGGUUCUUUUAUGGCGGGUGACCUUCAAAAUAUUGUUGACAAAAAAGACGGUGCGAAUGUACAAAAUUAUUUCUUCGACGUUUUUGCCACUUCAGUGCUCGGACAACAUGGCACCCAGGACUCAAAUACAGCCAACGCCCUGGCGUUGGUGAGAACGUUUUGUGGAAUAGUGGUAAACGAGCAGUACAAUGAUAAGGGAGGAGAGUUAUUAAGAAGAUUGAAUGAGCAUUUCAAAGACAAUCAAAAUCGCAUUUGUUGGAAUAAUUUAAAAGAACAUUGCGCUAAGCUUCAAGAACAAUUUCGGAGGAUUUUCGCCGACCACCGCUUUUCCUUUACUGGCUUCGGCCGGAAACAUGAAGAGCUUAAGAAAGAAGAGUUUGCAGAUUACACGGCACAGUGGUUGAGAGGUAAUUUGGCGACCGUGAAGGAUAAAUUAACGAAAAUUGAUACGACAAACAAGUCCCCCGGAAAGAAAUCAGCCGCUGAGCUUACAGACUAUUUCACUAGAAAUCUCUUCCCAUACGGAUUCACGUUUUAUCAUAAUGAUUAUAGUAAGCGGGGAGCCCCGUAUGAAGAUUUGAAAAAAGAUUGGGAUGCUGUAAUUGAUGAUUUUAAGAGGCCCAGUGGCGGUUUAGAUCAGCUUAAAACAAUUUUGGAAGGUCAGCAGUGUCCACCGAAGAAGCAAGAGGAUGAAGAGCCUGAAAAUAAAGCUGAGGGAGCACAGAAUCAGGGUAAGAAAGCGGAUGGAACUCCAAAGCAGAAUAAUGGUCAAAGUGAAGAAAAGUCUCCAGCUUCAACAGUUGUAAAGGCCACUGUUCCACCUCCAUCUCCCGGUGAUCCAGGAGUUCAAGGCCCGGCAGGGUCUCCUGGUCCAGGGGGUCCGGGUCAGGGUUCGCCGGGCAAUGCUUCUCCAGGUCCACAGCCUGUUGAUCCUCCAGCCCCUACGCUUACUCAGCCUCCAACUGUUACAGGGUCACGCUCUGAGUCAACUGGUGGUCAGAGGACUGCUCCACAUGGUGGUAAACCAACAAGUCAUGGCGUCGAUGAAACUUCAAGUAGCGGCGCUACUGCGCCGGAUGGCACGGCGUCUGGUGGAGGUGGGAGUAGAUACGCAUACUACAUUGAGCUGUGUUAA